AUGAACAAUUCGGAGAACACGUUCUCAUUGGAUAUUGGACCGUUUUUCACGCACAUUAAGCUUUCUCACCAAACUGUACGAAACGAGCACAACGGUUUUGUUGCCAACACAAGAGCAGCCCUUUGUCAAUGUUAUCGUUACGCAGACGAGAAUCUGAAACACAAACCUGACCAGUUUCGCGAUAACUUCAAACCGUUAGCCGAUGAACUCAGACUAGCAACUGAGAAUAAAGACUGA